AUGGAGAAAGAUAAUAACUAUUCCGCACCACCCAUGCCACCAUGUUUCAACACGCUUGACUACUCCCUGGAUCAACAAUACCAGCAGUUCACGAAAUAUCGUGUCGGCGAAACUUCCGGUGAAAACAAUAACGGAAUGGAGGAUAAUUACCUGCCUCAAACACAAAACUCAGGAGGCUUUUAUGGUACAACAAACAACUCUUUUGAUAAAAUGAGCUUUGCAGAUGUGAUGCAGUUUGCAGAUUUUGGACCUAAACUAGCCUUAAACCGCCAAGAGUCCGAGAUCGACGACGACCCGGUUUAUUUUCUCAAGUUUCCCGUCUUAAACAACAAGAUGGAAGACCAAAACUUGAUGUUGCAUCAAGAUGGGGUAGGAGAAAAUGAAGAUAGAUUCAAAGUGGCAGACAAUUUAAGAGAUCAUGAAGAAACUCGGGUUUCCGAUGAGAACAACUCGGUGCAGCUUGUGCAAGAGACGAACUGUGCACUAGUGCAAGAGAAUAGCAAGAAGAGGAAGAGACCUAGAACUGUUAAGACAAGCGAAGAAGUUGAGAGUCAACGCAUGACUCAUAUUGCUGUUGAAAGGAAUCGAAGGAAGCAAAUGAAUGAGCAUCUUCGUGUCCUCAGAUCUCUCAUGCCUGGUUCGUACGUUCAAAGGGGUGAUCAAGCAUCUAUAAUUGGUGGAGCUAUAGAGUUUGUGAGGGAAUUGGAACAACUUCUUCAGUGUCUAGAGUCACAAAAGAGAAGAAGACUAGUUGGAGAAGCACAGUCAAAACAAGUAGGGGAUUCAACACAACAACAAGCUCCAUUUUUUCAACAAGCUCCUUUACCAAAUGAGCAGAUGAAGAUAGUUGAGAUGGAAAGUGGACUUGAAGAAGAAACUGCAGAGAGUAAGUCAUGUUUGGCUGAUGUAGAAGUAAAAGUUUUAGGAUUUGAUGCAAUGAUUAAAAUCCUAUCGAGAAGAAGGCCUGGACAGUUGAUCAAGACCAUUGCUGCCCUUGAAGAUAUGCAGCUUAUUAUUCUUCAUACCAACAUCACCACUAUUGAACAAACCGUUCUUUAUUCAUUCAAUGUCAAGGUGGCUAGUGAUACAAGGUUCACGGCAGAAGAUAUAGCAAGCUCCGUUCAGCAGAUACUAAGUUUUAUUCAUGCAAACACUAGCAUGUGA